AGCAUGCGACUUGAGUUGUGACAUUUUCAUUUGGUACUGUGCUACAAAUAGAACAAGGGGCAUGCAGUGUUAGUCACACUUCUUGAAAAUGCCUACGAAGGGGUUGAUUUGUGAGGGUGGCGGAAGGUCAAAAAGGGAAGUGACUGCUUUAAACCUUUACAUGUAACGAACCAAUCAUGGAAGUUCUACUGGUCUCUGUGAACAUCUACCCCAGGAACUGUAGCCUUAUCUGUCAAUGAAGAUUAACAAAUACCACUUUUGGGAGCCAGUUUGCACAGCCUUUUCCCCUCCUAUUUUCUAAUCUCCCACAGAAAUCAAUACACAACAAACAUGAUGGAUCACAACUCUUCUUGUCAUGGUGACAAGUUCCAAGUGCAAUUAUUGCCUUCAGUGUACGGUGUUGAGUUCUGCGUGGCGUUGGUUGGUAACCUGUUUGCCCUGAGACUCCUGUCUACCAGGGAUAGGAACAGCUGGCACACUGGUGUGGUGCUGUCCUGUAACCUGGCCAUCAGUGACCUGCUCUAUGUCCUCACCCUGCCCCUGCUCAUAGUCUACUACAUGCAGGACAAGAACUGGCUGUUUGGGGUGGCGGUCUGUAAGAUAGAACGCUUCCUCUUCACCUGCAAUCUAUAUGUUAGCAUCUACUUCAUCAUGUGUAUCAGUGUGAACCGCUAUGUGGCCAUUGUGUAUCCCUUCUUCAGCCGGAACCAUGUGAACCCCGCCAAAGCCAAGGCUGCUAGUGUCGCCAUCUGGAUCUUUGUGACCGCCAUCUCCUCUCCUGUGUUGAAGUUUGCCUCCACAUGUCCAGAGGGAAGCAACAAAACCUGUUGUGUAUCCUACUCCUAUUGCACCAUCAGUGAUGCAGUUGCAUACACUCACUUGUUUUACAAAUUCUUUCUGUCUGUGGUUGGGUGUUUUAUUCCCUUCCUGGUCACAUUUGCAUCAUACUGCGCAGUGUUGAGGGUGGUGUGGAGGAAUGUGAAUAUAACCUCCCUGGAGAAACGGAAGGUGGCCCUGAUGGUGUUUGCAGUGGUUGUGCUGUAUGCCAUUUCCUUUGUGCCUUAUCACCUCCUCCAGAGCUACUAUUUCUACCAGAAGGUUCACAAACGUGGCUCGGUCUGCGACUGGGUGUACAAGGCCUACCAAGUGUCCAAGGGACUGGCUACACUGAACAUGUGCAUCCAUCCACUGCUCUACAUGGCUGUGUUUGAUAACAUCAGAGUGGCCUGCUGUGGAAGGAGCUCAGCUGAUAUGGCAAUGAAUAAUACAUGAAUUAAACAAUGCUCUCUCUGGUCCUUGGAAGCUUACACUUAUGGUGUUUCUGAUAAGCAAGUGUUACACACAGUUGAUGACUUAUCUGUAAAUAACUGCAGCUAUAUGCACUUCCUUCCAAUGUUCUGAUGGUCAUGUUUCCUUUCAUAAAGUCUAAACUAUGCCCUCUUCUAUAUUCAUUAUUACAGUAUCGGAUAAUAGAAAUUGAACACGUAAAAAAUAGCUAUUUCAAAUGUAGCUACAUUUCUACAUUGCUUACAGUUUUCACCUGAUGAGCUUACAGAACAGGAGAAAAACGUGAACACCAAAAGCACAGGAUAAAGUUAAUAUAACCGCCAUUUUGUGCCCUAGGAGACGGUGGAUGGAAAAGCGCGCUAGUUAGAAAUGAAAAAGAGUCGCUGUAGCUAUUGAUAAAGAGGAACAUCAAGACGAUGCAGCUGCUUUAGAAGUGGGAUGCACUGUUGAGCGUUACAUCCCGAGGGGUUCGUGCUGGUUGUAUGGAGAUUGUGACAGCCGGAUAAAUGUCAUCCCUCGAGAGGGCAAGAACAAGAUGUAUGUGAGGAGAAGUGCAGUAUUAUAAGGAGGGAACAAGUGAGGCAGAGGAGGUCUUAAGAGAGAGGAAGAAAUAGAGUGAGCUUGAAUCGGUUAAAAUGGCGGGGGAAAGGGAGAUGGUUUGUUAAAUAAGAAUGGUAGAGUGAGCUGUAUGCAGGGUCGAAGACGGGAGGAGAAAUAGAAGUGAAUCAGAGCGAAGUAUCGUAGGUGCAGUGGCGACCUGUCAUUCAGACAAGUAGCCCCACCUGUUUAGUAAAACAAAUAUAUACGUUUUGCAUGUUAUUUUGACAUUUAUGUGUCAUAUCAGUUUACAUUUCAAACAAACAUUUUGUUAGUAAAGUUAAUAAUUGUAAACUGGGUGGGUCGAGCCCUGAAUGCUGAUUGGCUCCUACUGGCGCAGCAGUCUAUGGACAAUGACCCCAAGCAUACUUCCAAAGUUGUUGCAAAAUGGCUUAAGGACAACAAAGUCAAGGUAUUGGAGUGGCCAUCACAAAGCCCUUACCUCAAUCCUAUAGAAAAGUUGUGGGCAGAACUGAAAAAGUGUGUGCGAGCGAGGAGGCCUAUAAACCUGACUCAGUUACACCAGCUCUUUCAGGAGGAAUGGGCCAAAAUUCACCUAACUUAUUGUGGGAAGGUUGUGGAAGGCUACCCGAAACGUUUGACCCAAGUUAAACAAUUUAAAGGCAAUGCUACCAAAUACUAAUGGAGUGUAUGUGAACUUCUGACCCACUGGGAAUGUGAUGAAAAAAAUCAAAUUUGAAUCGAAUCAUUCUCUCUACUAUUAUUCUGACAUUUCACAUUCUUAAAAUAAAGUGGUGAUCCUAACUGACCUAAAACAGGAAAUUUUUACUAGGAUUAAAUGUCAGGAAUUGUGAAAAACUGAGUUUAAAUGUAUUUGGCUAAGGUGUAUGUAAACUUCCGACUUUAACUGUAUGUAUCAGACCGUAUACCAUGGGUAUGACAAAACAUUUAUUUAUACUGCUCUAAUUACCACAGGGACUGUUUUCUAGCACUCUGCAUUGCGUGGUGCAAUAGAACAGCCCUUAGCCAUGGUAUGUUGGCCAUAUACCACACCACCCUUGGGCCUUAUUUUCUUUUAAAAAUCCCAUGUGCAUGUGCAUAACUAUAGAUAUGAAGUGAUGAAAGUUGGACAGAUGAUCUCAAUAUGUGCAAGAAACACUUGGACGAACUUCAAAAAACUAAUGUUAGGCUAUUUUCUGAUAAUUGUGCCUUCUUUAUGUGCCAGAUGUUAAGACUACAAAUAAAUGGCCUACUUGCAA